UGUAUGGGAGGAGCCAACAAAAAUUGAAGAAAGACCAAAUACAUUAAGAGAUGUAAACCGAGAUACUCCACGAAUAAAAGUAUUGCUCAUAGUAUAGCUACAGCAUAAACGACAGAUGUACAGAGACUGUAGCUACUGAUUGGCGCAUUUCGUUUAUAUCUUCAAAAACUAUUGCUAAAACAAUGCCUUCUUGUAGUAGCAAACUUCACAAUAUAAUUGCACUUAUUGCGGUGACCUUAACUUGGAGAGUUACGGAAGGUGAAUAUACCCCAUUUCGUAAAAUGGCGGGCAAGUAUCUACCAAACAACGUCCGGGAAACCUUUAAGGUGACAGAUGAACUUCACUGUGCCCUGUACUGCAUUCAAAAGAAGUGGUGCGAGUCGGUAAACUUUAAAGCCGCAGAUGUAGAAGAGGAAAGUUUGUGCGAUUUAAACAACGGAAAAGAUGUUCGAACUAAGGAUGACAACGGAGUUUUGAAAAAUUCACCAGAAUAUGUUUAUUUAGAAAUCAUCAAAAAAACAACGAAGAAGACUGUUGAUGAUCGCAAAGAAGAGACAAAUAAAAAAACUGAAAAUCGAACAUCUUAUGUGGCUUCAACAUGUAAAGAGUUACUCGAAAGAGACAGCUUAUCAAAAAGUGGUACAUACGAACUGAAGGAAAAUAAAACCAGCGUACACAAUGGUGAUGAUGAAGAGAAAUUCUAUAAAGUAUACUGUCAUAUGGAAACACUUGGCGAUUGUGGUAGAGGCGGAUGGACAUUGGUAAUGAAAAUGUCUGGAAACAAGAGAACAUUUGAAUACGAUUCAAGCAAAUGGACAAACAAAGAAGUUUACAAUGUCGAUGGAGGAUUGGCAAACUUCUCAAAUAUUGAAACAUUGUUGGAAUCCUACUGGAAUGUCCCAUUCACGAUGAUCUGUCUGGGAAUGCAAUAUAACGAUGAGAAAAGAUGGAUGAAGUUUGCUCAUAAUGGAAGUUCAUUGUACGAUGUUAUAGCAGACAACAAGCAACAGACGACAACACUGGCUAGAGACAAGUGGCUAGGACUCAUAAAUAAUGCAAGACUUCAGUCGAAUUGCAAUAAAAAUGGAUUUAAUGUGGGAAAGUCAAAUGUUAAAGCACGAAUUGGGAUCGUUGCAGACGAUGGCGAUCAAUGUAAUAAUUACAAUUCCAUUAUCGGAUUUGGUUUAGAUAAGUUACGGUCAGCUCAAGGAUCUUCGCGCACGAUUGCCUGCGGCUCGGCAUAUUUGAAAAAUCCAAAAUCCAAACAGCACACGUUUGGAUUUGUUUUUGUCCAGUGAACUCAUCGUCAAAUACGGACAAAUUUUGUUGACUUUUAAUUCUUGUUGGCCAUGUAAAUAAGCUUGCUUAUUGUUCUAUGCAACGUUCAAAACAAUAGCGAUGUGUGUACGCA